AUGGGUAUGCGUCGCUCUCCUCCAAUUUCAACUCCCGCCACCACCUUGCCAUAUCCACCUUCUCGACCACUGCUUUCGAAAAGCGCUGCCACUGUUGUCCUCCGCCGAAUGUCAGGCGCUGCUUCGUCGGCGCUGGAGACGUUGGAGCUGGCUGUGGCGGCCGACUGCACAGGUCUUGCGCCUUUGAAACUCACCGGCCUGAGGCUCUACCAUUCGACCGAGAAGCUUGCUAACCUCGAUGGUUCUUAUGCGGAAGCAGGUCAUAAUCGAACAAUGUCUCCCGAAAGCGUCUCCUCUCUAUUCCCGCAGAGGCCGAUUCGUCCCUUGCCGAAGCGUCGCUUGAGGGAACGCCUUUCCCCUGAGGUGGCGGACUCUAUCGAGUACCCCCCUGCGAAUCACAACAACAGCCCUCUUUUCUACUACCCAAAUAUCGUGCGAGAUGAGAUGCCCUUGAGGACAGGAGGUCUGAAUGGUGCGUGCCGAGGUGCUGGGGGUUAUGAACGAGGGCCUAGAGGGAACCCGGCGACCGGAGAGAGUGACGAGGAUGAAUCGGCGCUAAGCAGCAGUAAAGUCGUUCGGCGUUCGCAUCCAGAGAUUUUGAACCGCAUCUCAACUAUGCCUCCGAAGCCGGAACACUCUAAGCACCCUAGCCCUCAGCCGCCGCCUUCGACAACAUCUUCUGCGGAUGGGUACGAAUCGUUUGAGAAUACCAACAACAAGAAGAAAAGGAAGAUUCCGACUGCCGGAGACUCGGCGCUCUCUGGAGUACACUCUUUGGGCGACAUCAACUCUAUAGGCGUGUCAACAAUAACGUCUCCGUCAAACGACCAUGGUGACCUCGCAGGAUCGAUAUCACCGUCUUACUAUGGGGCUGGAAGCUUUGUCGGAAACAACCAAGGCAUCUCAGGACCGGGAAGAGGCAGAUUUGGAAGAUCAAGAAAUGGUAGAAGCCCUCUCAGAGCUUUGUCCGACGCUACAAACAACUGGGUUGGCAGGGGAGCUAAGAUCCGGCCGCCUCAAUGGGCCACACCAAACGAAAACCCCGGCAUCAUAUCCAGUGCCAUCGCUAAUGCAGAAAAGGUCCUUUCAGCUCCAGGGCAAGAAAACGUGAGCCUCCUUCAUCAGCAACCCUCCAGCGUCAAAUCUAGCCCUACCGCCACUCAAUUCACUUUCACUUGCGAUUCCCCAGUCCCAAAGCCUCAUUGGCCGGGAACUGAUCCUGCGACUUCCCACCCGGGAUAUCCCAGACAGACCAGACACGCCUCGAUGGCGACACAAACUGCGCCAGACGCUGCGAGCGCAGAUGCUGGCUCAUGCGAUCCUGCGCCAACUGGUAAAGGAGCUUCCCAGCCGAAGAAGAAGAGCCGCCAGCGCGCCGAGAAGGGCCUUCGAGUGGCAGCCAAGACCCGUCGCCGCGAAGCCGAGGAGAGAUACUACAGCAACCCACCCAAGGUUGAGGAUAUGUGGAUUUGCGAGUUUUGCGAAUACGAGAGGAUCUUUGGCGAGCCUCCUCACGCCUUGAUUCGGCAAUACGAGAUCAAGGACAGAAAAGCCCGUCGCAAAGAAGUAGAGCGGAAGCGACUUUUGGAGAAAGCCAAGGCCAAGAGUCGGAAGGGCAAGAAACCUGCCAAGUCACCUGCCAAGACGGCAUCACCUCAGAAUCACUCCGAGGAGCAAGGCAAUCAUGCUCCCAUGGGUCCCGGCGCGGAUAAUUCCAGUCAUGGCGACGACUAUCUCGAUGACUAUGCUAAUGGCGGCUAUCACAACGACGAAGACUUCGAAGACACUUAUUCCCAAGACGAUCCGCCGAUGCUGCUCAGCGACGAUCCAGACCAAGAGUGUACUUGCCCACAUACGACCUGCAGCGACUGUGGCGGAGACCAGAAUGAGGUGGAUGAUCCCGGCGAGGCUGUCGACUGA